AUGCAACUUAAAAUUUGUUUAGAAGAAAUUCAAAAAAAUCACUCUGAAAUUAUUAGUUCUGUUGUUUUAACAAUACUUCGUGGUCAAGGCUUUUUUACUGAUCUGCAAUAUCUUUCAGAUGUUUUACUUCCAAAUAAAAAAGCAAUUUUGGCAGUUGAAGCAAAUUGUUCUACACUUGCUGACUGUUAUAUUAAUUUAGUAAAAAUUGCUGUAGCAAUUCAAAAUCUUCUUACUGAUGAAUAUAAAGAAUUUCAUCAGUUAGAAGGAUUAGCAAAAAUUUAUCAGUUUAAUUUAUCAAACCCUAUAGAACAACUUUGCCAUACUCAAACUGCAGAUAUAAUCUCUGAAAUAAUAUCAAACAUUGCCGAAACUGUUUUUAAAGAAUUUGAAGAAGAAACAUUAACCGAUAAUGAUAAAAUUGAAAUGCUUAAUCCUGCUGAAGACCUUUAUCCAAAUGAACAAGAUUUAGAUUUAAGUAUUUCAACUUCUAUUGAUUUUAAAUCUUCAGUUUUUACAUCCUCUAAUAGUUAUGAAAGUGAGAAUUUUAAUGAAAUUAAGUCUGAUAAUGAUAUGCAACAAGGUGAGUAUGAUGUAGAAGAAAUUGUUGCAGCACAAUUCAC